UCUUUCAAAAUUUCAACCCGUAAAGGAUUCUCCGUCAUUUUCUUUCAAACUUGAGAUUGAAAUUGAAAUUGAAUUUCUCACAGAGAAGGAGAAGAAGAAGAAGAAUGUUUCUGGUGGAUUGGUUCUACGGUGUUCUGGCAUCCCUAGGACUGUGGCAGAAGGAAGCUAAGAUCUUGUUCUUGGGGCUCGAUAAUGCCGGGAAGACCACCUUGCUUCACAUGCUCAAAGAUGAGAGAUUAGUUCAGCACCAACCGACUCAGUACCCGACCUCCGAGGAGUUGAGUAUAGGGAAGAUUAAGUUCAAGGCUUUUGAUUUGGGUGGCCAUCAGAUCGCUCGCAGAGUCUGGAAGGAUUAUUACGCCAAGGUAGAUGCUGUUGUCUACCUGGUUGAUGCUUUUGACAAGGAGAGAUUUGCAGAGUCAAAGAAGGAGCUUGACGCUCUUCUCUCCGAUGAGUCACUGGCCACUGUCCCGUUUCUUAUCUUGGGAAACAAGAUUGACAUACCCUAUGCUGCCUCAGAGGAUGAGCUGCGUUAUCAUAUGGGCCUGACCAACUUCACAACUGGGAAGGGGAAGGUCAAUCUGGCGGAUUCCAAUGUCCGUCCACUGGAGGUGUUUAUGUGCAGUAUUGUCCGCAAGAUGGGCUAUGGCGAAGGAUUCAAGUGGGUUUCUCAAUACAUCAAGUAGGCAAAUGAAUGGACAAGCAGCUGUUCUGCAGAGAAUUGAGAUGGUAGUUUUCCUACCACUGAUACACUCUUCAGUAAUUCAAUGUUUUGCUAUUUCUAAGCUAUGUGCUCAUGUAAAGGAUAGGUUACCUUAAUGUAGCUUUAUGCUCUUCAAUUUUUGGGUGCUUUUUCCUUCUUCUUUUUUGGGUUCAGGUUGCAUAAGUUGUGCUAGUGAGAAGUUAGUUUUCUUACUUGUGUAAUUUGCAGUGUUAGAUUGUAUACUCUACCUCAUGACUUCGUUGUCUUAUGCAAUGGAAAAUAUGAAUUUUACGUGGGAAGUUGUUAGCGUC